AUCUCUAAUCAGCUGUUCCAUAGUAAAUUCGCAAUAAAUUCACAAAUUAUUUAUAUUUUACCUAAAAGUUGUUAAAUUAAAAGGGAUAAUAAUACUAAAAAGAUGUUGGAUGACCUUCCGGAGCAGUUCGACCUAGUGGUCAUAGGCACGGGCUUCACCGAAUCCUGCAUCGCUGCUGCGGCCAGCAGGGUGGGCAAAUCGGUGCUCCAUCUGGACAGCAAUGAGUACUACGGGGACGUGUGGAGCUCCUUCAGCAUGGACGCUUUGUGUGCCCGCUUGGACCAGAAGCCCGAACCACAUUCGACAUUGCGAAAUUGCAGUUACACCUGGCACACCCGCGAUUCGGAAACAGGCGAACAACCUUGGAAUCGGGACUCUGUGCUGGCCAAGUCGCGUCGCUUUAGCCUGGAUCUAUGCCCUCGCAUCCUGUACGCCGCCGGGGAGCUGGUGCAAUUGCUCAUUAAGUCAAAUAUCUGCCGAUAUGCUGAAUUCCGAGCGGUCGACCAUGUGUGCAUGCGCCACAACGGCGAGAUUGUGUCCGUGCCCUGCUCCCGCAGCGAUGUCUUCAACACCAAGACGCUGACCAUAGUGGAGAAACGGCUGCUGAUGAAGUUCCUCACAGCCUGCAAUGAUUACGGCGAGGACAAGUGCAACGAGGAUUCGCUGGAGUUCCGGGGGCGCACUUUCCAGGAGUACCUGAAGGCGCAGCGCGUGACUGAAAAGAUCUCGUCGUGCGUGAUGCAGGCCAUUGCCAUGUGCGACCCCACCACCAGCUUCGAGGAGGGUAUGCAGCGCACGCAGCGAUUUCUGGGCAGCUUGGGCCGCUAUGGCAACACACCCUUCCUGUUUCCCAUGUAUGGCUGCGGGGAAUUGCCGCAGUGUUUCUGCCGACUGUGCGCUGUAUAUGGUGGCAUUUAUUGCCUGAAGCGACCUGUUGACGACAUUGCCUUGAACUCGAAUUCGAACGAAUUCCUGUUGAGUAGCGCAGGAAAAACACUGCGGGCAAAGAAUGUGGUCUCUGCACCUGGCUAUUCACCAGUUUCAAAGGGCGUCGAGUUGAAGGCUCACAUCUCACGGGGCUUGUUCAUAUCGUCCAGUCCCCUGGGCAACGAGGAGUUGAACAAGGGUGGUGGUGGUGUGAAUCUUUUGCGACUGAUCGAUGUCGAAGGUUCACGUGAAGCCAUCUUAAUUCAACUGGCCCAUUACACAGGAGCAUGUCCCGAGGGAUUGUACAUCUUUCACUUGACCACGCCCGCUGUAAGCGAGAAUCCUGCCGCCGAUCUGUCUGCUUUUACUAGCCAACUCUUCGAUCACUCUGAUGCACAAAUAAUAUUUAGCUCGUACUUUACAAUUGCUGCCCAGUGCAAUACAAGUGUCGCUGCCGAGCACAUUCACUACACAGAUGCCCCGACCUAUGAGUUGGAUUAUGACGCGGCCAUUGCUAAUGCUCGCCACAUAUUCGGCAAACUCUUCGCGGAUGCUGACUUUCUGCCACGAGCCCCAGAUCCAGAGGAGAUUGUCGUCGAUGGCGAAGAUCCCAGUGCCUUGAACGAACACAGCUUGCCCGAGGAUUUGAGGGCUCAACUGCAGAAUAUGCAGCAGGCAACUCAAGAAAUGGACAUACAAGACUAGAUAUAAUUCAGAGAUAAAUCAAAGGAGGAAAUAUCAUACGACGGGAGCAGACCAUUUUCUUAUGUGACAUUUCAAAAUUAAUAGGUUAAGACAAAGUGUAAUCAAUUGUGUAAUAUUUUUUGCUUCAUAUAUUCCUAUAUAUUUAUUAUGUAAAUUAUUUAUAAUUGCUAAAAGUACUAGGUAUAUAUAAAUGUUUAUAUGUGAGUGCUUCUGUGCAUUUUGCUUUGAGAAAUAUACUUUCGAAAAAUAUGCAUUCCAAUGCGUAUAAAA